GUUCGCGGGGGGGCGGCGGUGACAAGAUGGCGGCGGGGCCGGGCGCGCCGCUGCGGCGGGUGCAGCUGGUGCUGGGGCACCUCGCCCCCUCCACCCCGGGCCCCGGCACCGGCCUGCGGGCCGCGCCGUGCGGGAGCCGCGCCGGGGCCUCGCCGCGGGCCGCCAGCCCCGACGAUGUGGUGGUGGUGCACGGGCGGAGGACCGCCAUCGGCCGCGCCAAGCGCGGCGCCUUCAAGGAUACUACACCCGAUGAACUGCUCUCCGCCGUUAUGACAGCUGUCCUUCGAGAUGUCAGCCUUCGUCCUGAGGCCCUGGGAGACAUCUGUGUGGGAAACGUGCUGCAGCCUGGAGCUGGCGCUUUGAUUGCAAGAGUUGCACAGUUUCUAAGUGGUAUUCCAGAGACGGUGCCAUGCUCCAGCGUGAACCGGCAAUGCUCCUCCGGGCUACAGGCCAUUAUCAACAUAGCUGGUGGCAUCCGAAAUGGAUCGUAUGACAUUGGCUUGGCCUGUGGGGUGGAAACGAUGUCCCUCAGAAGUGCAAAUAACCCUGGUGAUAUCAGUUCCAGCAUGAUGGAAAACAGCAAAGCUCGAGAUUGUCUUAUUCCUAUGGGAAUAACUUCAGAAAAUGUGGCAGAGAAAUUUGGAGUUUCCCGAAAGAAGCAGGAUGCCUUUGCCUUGGCUUCCCAGCAAAAAGCAGCAAAAGCUCAGCAGAUGGGACUGUUUAAAACUGAGAUUGUUCCAGUGAAGACCACUGUUCUUGAUAAUCAGGGCAAGCAAAAAACAAUCACUGUGGACCAAGAUGAAGGGAUUAGGCCCUCCACGACGCUGGAAGGCUUGGCAAAGCUGAAGCCUGCCUUCAAAGAGGAUGGGAGCACUACAGCAGGUAAUGCCAGCCAGGUGAGCGAUGGAGCAGCUGCGGUUCUCCUGGCAAAACGCUCAAAAGCAGCACAGCUGGGACUGCCCGUCCUGGGGGUGCUCAGGUCCUUUGCUGUCGUUGGAGUCCCGCCCGAUGUUAUGGGCAUCGGACCAGCCUAUGCAAUCCCUGUUGCUGUGGAAAAGGCGGGUCUGACUCUGAAUGACAUUGAUAUAUAUGAAAUCAAUGAAGCCUUUGCAAGCCAGGCCGUGUACUGUGUUGAAAAGCUGGGCAUUCCCAUGGAGAAGGUCAACCCCCUGGGCGGAGCGAUAGCACUGGGGCACCCACUGGGCUGUACUGGUGCUCGUCAAGUUGUCACUUUGCUCAAUGAAUUGAAGCGCAGAGGGAAAAGAGCAUACGGUGUUGUAUCAAUGUGCAUUGGAACGGGCAUGGGUGCUGCAGCAGUAUUUGAGUACCCAGGGAACUAAACUCCAGCGUGCUGACAAAACAACGCAGCAGCUAAUUCUCUGCCUUCUCUAGUAAUAGCAAAUGAUUUGCACUUUGAAGUCAAGUGGAUUCAGGGAUUUGUUACCACAUCUACAAAUUUUAGGCACAAAUUGUAGAGUAAAUUGUACAGAGCUACUAAGCAGGUGGGAGAAUACAAAACUGGCAAAUGGCAUGCUGACGUGAGAAAUCAGCUGAAAUUCAACUGCAGGCCCUUGUGUGGUGAUGGCGAAUGAGUAUUUCUAAUUUAAUCCAUCUCUCUAUUCUGUGACUAUUAUUAGGGAGUAGUUGUUCAUGGUACUUUUGUAUGACAAACUGGCUAAAAGGGUUGCUCAAAAGAAGAAUGAGUGCACAUCUUUUCCAGGGUUUUCUUAAAAGAUUUCGCCAUCUUGCAAGAAGCUUGUUUUGAAAGCAGUGCAAGACUUCACAUCAUUUCCUUUACAACUGUGUCUGUCCUUUGCAAGUCAUAAAUUGGCUGUGUCUUAGAUUGUCCCUGUGCUGGGAAUGCGCUGGAGCUUCCUACUUUUAACAAGCUGCUCUGAAGCCUCCAGUGGGGGAAAGUGGAAGGACUAGAAUGUAAUUUACACAGGAGGUGCCUGCUAGAGGGCAGGAAUUUGAAAGUGGCCGUUCCAUCUUUUAUAACAUACUUCUAAUUAUCAGCUUGUAUGAUGUUAACUUAGAGACAAGCUUAUGCUUAAUAAUACUUGGCUACCAUAAAACAGAUUUCAGCCUUACUUUUACUGCAAGUACUACCUGAACUACACAUACUACUACAUCUCAGUACUUCAGUGCUAACACAAAUGUGUAUUUAAUCUUGAAAAGUUCUCCCUUACCUGUUCUCUCUGUUAGGAGCAGAAAGAUCACUGAAACUCAGAGCUAAUGGUUUGUAAAAUAAAUGUACACAUAGUCUCUGACAUGUUAGAAAAGUUUAAAUUUGUAAAAGAAAUUCUUGUCCUGGCUCUUGCUUUUGCACUUAAUAGAAUUGGGUUCUUGUGGUGUAUUUGUUUUGUUUUUAUGAUGAUUGUUAGUUGGUCAUGAUUAGUUAGAGCUAUUUGAUACUCUCACAUUGCUGUGCUGUAGCCUGUCUCACUCACCCAGCGAUCAUACAUGCUGUUAUUUUAGAGAAAAGAGAUUAAAUUAUUUAGAGGGACUAAAGAGGUAUUAGCAUCCUCAAGGGUCUUUUUUUUUUUUUCACACUGAGGUUCCUGUGUGUAAAAUGAGUUCUCAGUGCUAGCACAAGUUUGUUUAAGCUAAAGUUAGGGAGAAGGUGGCUAUCAUGCAUCUUUUGUUCCCCUCCAGCAUGGAUUGCAGCCCCCUCCUCCCCACACACACUGCCUUUAACAAAAACCUUUUAUAUUAUGGGAGUGGCUCAGAAGUGGGAAUUUCAGUGACCUUUAGCUAAAGUAAUACUAAAAACAUUUAAAGAGAAGUGUGAGUAAAUGGGAACCAUGUGGGGGGAAAAGAAUUAAAAGGAAGAAGGGUUCCUCCCUCUGUAGCUAAAGGGGAUGUUCUCAAUACCCAAACACGAUGAAACAUGCAGGUUGGUCAUUUUCCAAGGAGUCCAGGGAAAGUUGGCUCUUCCUCUUUUCAUGUAAGGCAUCGAGAAAACAGCCUGGGGAGUGCUGGCCUGUUCACUAAUUCUUGCUUUUAUUAUGUGUCAUUGUCCAUUUUAAUGUCAAACAAAUAAACAAGGCAAAACAAAAGCCACUUUUUAAAGGUACCAGCAGGCUUAACUGUAAUUUGAGGCACACCGAGUUGCAGAAGGUUUUGGCCACAGUGUUACUGUAGCUGCUUUGCAAUUUUAAACCAGUUCUUUGCAGAGCCUUGAUUUGUGGGUAAUGGUAAGCUUACUACAGCAAUAAAAGUAAUAGCACAGAAUGA